GAGAAAACCAAACUCCUACUCAGCAAAACUACUAUCUGGAAUGCAUCACUCGCUAUCAUAAACGCAAAGAAAAAGAAAAAGCCCCCACUGGCUCCCUUACAGCCUUAGGCAUCGAAAAACAAAAAGAACUGUCUGAAGGACUUAUCCAGGCCUGGAGUAAAGACUUAAAUGUUCCCUCUUUAACCAAAUUCAAUGAAGUAAUGAACCAAGUAGUCGGCUAUGAGGAAUUUAAGAAUAAAAUGCGUAUGUAUCUCGUAAAUUUAGCCAAAGAUAUCCGAGAUAACAAAAAAACUGAACAAACCAUUUAUGUUUUAUUAGGCCCUCCUGGUAUUGGUAAAUCCUACAUUAGUGAAAAGGUGGCUGAAGGAAUGGAACGACCCCUUAUUAACAUCGACCUGGGAGGCCGAACCGACACUGGUAUUUUAGAAGGAGUUAGCCCUAGCAUCAAAGCCGCCUAUCCCGGCCGUCUUUGCUCGGGAAUUAGCCUCAGUAAAAACCGAGGAGCCAUUAUUCUUUUAGACGAGUUUGAAAAAGUUCGAGACGAAGGCUUAGCUAAUAUGAUGGGCAAUGUUUUAGACAUUAAAAAAAAUAAGGAUUGA